CUCUGUCGCGCAAGGGUUAGCGUUCUACUUGUCGCAUAACUGUAAAGCCCUUGCCGGAUGCGAAGCGACGAUUGCAUUUUGCAAACAAGUAAACGACAUGUUCGACGCACUUAAUCGCAAAUUGCCAAAUCAAGGACUUACGCCGGAAUGUAAUGACUUCAAGGUGUUGGAGGAUUCGUUGCAAUGGCUGAACAACUGGGAAACUGCAAUGAUGAAAAAAGAAAUCAAACCCAACGAGUUUCUCACUACUACAACAUCGAGAGGGCUUCGGAUAACGCUACAAUCUACGCUACAUAUGUGCCGCUAUCUUAUCGAGAAAUUUAACUUCGAUUACUUGUUGACUGGAAAAGUUAACCAAGACAAUUUAGAGAAAUUCAUUGGCACGAUACGCCAGUCUGCGGGAUGUAACGAUCACCCGAACUGCCCGACAUUCCUCCAGCUUUACAAGCUUUUGUCCGUAUACAGCGUAAUCAAACCUCCGAAAUUUAGCAAUUGCACUGUAUUUGAAGAUAGAUUGUCAUCAAAUUUGAUUAAAAUCAGCGAUUUAAAAGCCGUGUUCGGUAAAAAAGGUGAGGCCAAAAGUUCUAUGUAUCUUCGAGAGAUUCAGAAAAAACUUGACACAGUCUUGGAGUACGAAGAUUGGGAUGCCGACGAUCUCAUUGAGGACAACGAUCCCAUUACUGCCCACGAUUAUGAUCUAUAUCCCCUAUUCUAGAUUGCAUAAUUUAUUAUGUUACAGGUUUUUAAUUUUAACAAAAGUUUUUCCGCUUUACACUAAAACCUUUGGAUCCACGCAUACUAACAACACUGCUUAAUUUUCUAUUAAUUUUCUGCCAUGCUUUGUUUGUUGUGCUUGUUUAUAGGUACUUCAUAUACAGCUCUGUAGAGCUCUAUACGAAGAGCUCGGCCUAUUUUUUCAAAUCUUUAACUAACACUAACUGCAUAACGUUACACUUUCAGGUUAUUUGUGUAAACAGAUACUUAAGCGAUAUCAAUCGUGCGCGACUUGUGUAGGAGCGGUCAGAUUAAACUCCAGUUGCACCUCUUCUGUCAGUCAACUAGUUCAACUGAAAUCUCGAGGCGGUUUAAUUCACGCGAAUUUACAUUUUUUUCAUCUCAUCCGCUAUGUAGAAGAAAUAUUUGCAAAAUAUUCAUCUUCGAUUGACGUGUUCGAUCAAACGCUUGAAGAAGUCCUCGAGACCUACAACUUUACCUUCCCUUGUAAAUAUCAUGCUUCCGAGGUGCUUUCGUACGCGAUAAUUUAUUAUAUCCGAUUAAGGAUGCGACAGAACGCUCACCAAGAGAAUUUAAAAAUGAGAAAGCAAUUCGUCGUACAAAAAAAAUUGUCGAAACUGACGAAUCA